AUGUCGCCAUCAUCACCACAACGGCCCUCGGCCGAGAUCUUCCACCAGAGGAAGCCAAGCCUCUCCAACUCGGUCUCCAGCGCCUCUUCCACAUGCACAUCCUGCUCUCUCACAUCUUCGGCCUCGAAGCGAAGCCACCGAAGAACACAGGUCAUUGACUUUGACCCCCUCAGCAUGCACCCUACCUUCAUCGCACCACCACUGCCUCUCGACGAGCGACCCUACAUUCUUCCGGAGCACCACAACAGCUCCGAGGAGGAGGUCAUCGAGGAGUACAUCCGUGCCGAGGCGUCCUCCAAGACGGUAUCCGUCCCCGACGAUUCGCCCACACCUAUGCAGCCCACAAACGAGUUGAGGCAGCAGGCCCAACCCGAGGGCGAUGACUACUUCAUGUACAAGCUCAACCUUCUUCAACACCAAGAACGUCAGCAGCUUGAUGCCAUGGCGAACGCCACUGCCUCCCAACUGUCACCGCAAGCACGGUCGCGCUGGUCCGAGUCGACCAUUGCGUCGAUCGACAUGGCUGAGAGCCCUCAGAUCAGCGUCUUUGAGGAGUCGGACGACGAGGAGGAUGAGGACGAUGACGAAGUCGAUAUGUCUGACUUUGAGCUCGUCGCACCUGCAGAGCGCGAGGUCCGCCAGGCCAAGAGCUGGCACAACUUCAGCCACAAGACCUCCCUGUCCAACCCUAGGCGGCCGCCUAUCCAGACCAUGGAUUCCGUUGAGAACUUCAUCAAGCGCGGCGGCUGGAAGAGGAGAGGCAUUGUCUUCCAGGAGCAGGGCAUCCGGCACUCUGACGGCGGCCUUUUCUGA